AUAAUUCCACUCCAUGCUUUUGUAGCAUUGCUCUACCUCCACCCAAAUCAUUUCCCUUUCGACACCCAUAGCGAACGUAUCGCGAACAACAACUCCUCCGCAAAUUUUCGGUUUAAGUCAACCUAAAUAUUUUCAAAUUAUCCUUCACACAAACAAAUUGGUCAUAUUCUGUCAACUCCAUAGUGAGCCAGACAGGCACACAUAUUCCAUCUCUGCAUAGCCGCAAAGUUGAGACGAGGAAGAAGCUCAGCCAGUAGUUGGCAGUCCGUGGUGCGACUGACAAGAGUGAAACCAAAUUGUGUCAAAUAUAGCAAAAACAAAAUUGAACUUGGAAUAUUUCAAAAUUUUGGAAACUGUUACAGCCGAAAUAAAUAUAUAUUUUUUUCGUCUAAAAGUGUAUUAAAAACUGGAUUAAUAAAAACAAGGAAACCAGUAACGAAACAGACACUAAAGUCGUGAAGCUUAGUUUUUGAGUGAGAAAUGUGGGAAAUGUGAGACUUUAAGGAAAUACGGAAGUAGCAUUUAUUUCGUGGUCGCUGUACUUAGUUGGUGACUAAAACAAGUAAAAUAAAAAGUGACUGCCUCCUCUGCGAUUAUAAUAAUGUUGUGGUGAGACAAUAGGUUAUUUAAUCACAACUGCUGCUGCGUUAUUCUACAAUUAUACCGGCUCCACCAAAGAGAAAGAAACUGGGUUAAGCCAAACAACAAAAAAUAAAAAAGUGCGACUCUCCAAUUAGCCAGACUCACUCGCUCAUUCACUCAAACUCACUCUCGUUUUCAUUCUAAACAAUUGACAAUUACAUUUGUGUUUGUUUUUGAAAUUUCAAACAAGCAACUUAUUCACAACAGUCAAGGAAAUAAUGUAAAUGCAAUUUUGUUCUUGUGUGAUGGAUUUUUAUUCGACGAUUGCAACCAAUAACUUAUUUCUUCAAUACCCAUUUUUGUCAACGUAGUUACUCGUAACCAUAAAAGUAAAGCAGACAUCAUCAUGUAUGACACUGGAAUCGAAAACUUGAAGAAGGCAGCUCUCUCUGUCAAAGUGCGAUCCUUCCUCUCGAACCAAGGUGAAAUUGACCCCUCAGAUCUGGACAAUCCAGAGUUAUCCCUCGACCUUCAAAGCCUUAUCGAUGAUCCCAACUUUGAGGUUAGCGAGGGACUCUUCCCUGAACUUCUUCAAGAUAAGGUGUCUGGAUCCGCGGCACACACUCAACUCAGUCUGAGGAACCAUCUCGUUCACACCCAGUCUCAUCACCACCACCCCCACCAACAACAGCAACACAACAAUAACCAUCACAACAAUGGUCAACAGCAGCAACACUUUCGACACAGUGGCGGCAAUCCCUUGGCGUACCUCCCACAACCCGUGCAUGGAGGGAGUUUCGCCCCGAAUUCUGCGAGUUCCAGCCCUUCAUCCAGCCCCCACAUGAACCACGGAGGAGGAGGAGGCGGAGGAGGUGAGAGUGGAGAAGGCGUUAAAUCUGAACCCAUGGAUAAUCAUCGACUUGACUUUAAUGCCAACACGGUAUCAUCCUCCUCAGACCCUGGAUAUUCCUCAUACUCCUCAUCCAACAAUCUCACCUCACCCUCGAGCACGAGUAGCACGAGCAGCUCUGGGGGUGGGGGAGGUGGUGGGGGCAGCUCGUACUCACCAACCUAUGGCGGAGGAAACAUUCAUCAGAUGGGUGGGGUUCAUCACCACCAGGGUGCGGAACAAGGGCUUACCGUCGGGAAAAAUGGGGUCCUCACAUUCAACGGAGGACACCCGAGUCAAAAGUUGUUGGGUCAUUCUCACGGCCACUCGAACCAUCACCACCACCUGAGCAAGAAGCUGAAGAACGUGGACAAGGCGUCGGACGAGUACAAGAGGAGGAGGGAAAGGAACAACAUUGCGGUUCGGAAAAGUAGGGAAAAGGCCAAGCUUCGUUCCCGUGAGACGGAGGAAAGGGUCAAAAUAUUGUGCAAAGAAAAUGAGCGUCUGCAGAAAAAGAUUGACUUGCUGACGGAAGAGUUGACGUUUCUCAGAUCUUUCUUCUCCAACGUGGGUGCGCUACCAGAACAGCUUGGACGAGAAUUCAACAAACACCUCGAGGCGUUCCAGCACCAUCACAUUCAAAACGGGAUUCAAUUUCCAAGUUUCGCUUCCUUUAAAAGUAUGCAGUGAAAAUGCGACGGGACGUGAUGCGGAUGGCGACCGAUACUGAUGAAGAUUUGAAAUUUCGUAUAUUCCAAAUGAUCCAACCAACCAACUACCCAACCGUUAAUCCAAGUAUCUCAACAGCAUUCAACGAUGUAUGCUUAUACAACAUUAGUAAUUAUAGUCACUCACAUUACCCAAUUAUUAUUAUUACAUUACAAAUACCUAGUGAUAACGAGAUAGAAAUAUUUCCUGAAAUUUUUCCCAAGUUUGUUGCAUCACACAUUAUUUACAAAUUCAAUAUUUUCUAUGACAGUAAAAUUUGAAAAACACUGAUGCUGGUUUCCAGUAAGACAAAUUUUGUAGUCAUUUUUUUACUUUAAAGCUUCUCAAGUUAUUAUUCCGUUUAACUCUCGGGUUCAACAUAUUAUGAAUAUUUUAUAGUUUUGACUUGUGUUCCAUCCUCUAAAUAUUUCACUCAUUCAUUUCUUUCAACAGUGACGUAGCAGGACAUGGCUAUUAUCAUACACAUAUUAUUUUAUUAUCAACUUAUAACUUACAUUCACAAUGGCUCUUAUGCACACGUUUUAUCCUUAGUCGUGGUCACUUAUUAUUACAUACCAGAGUCAGUUAGAUAGUGUUGAACGAGAAUUGCGAUUCCCAAAAACGAAGGGUGAUGUGUGAUUUUGUGUACAAAACAAACUUUUUUUUACAUAGACUUAGUAACUCCUCAGUUUACGAUUUAAUUAGCUAAAAGUAGCCCAUUUUUUUCCUUUCGAAAUAAUUUAUGUCUUAUUUUUGUGCUCCUAUUUGUUCUCUCACGUUAAAAAAACACUAAUUUUUAUAUAUCGCUUUACAUUAGAUUUGCAUUUUAUUUUUACUUAUUUAAACUUGCACAAGUUUAUUAUUUUUUGUACAGGCAUAUGUCGUAACGAAGCAUGCGUACCAGAGUCAGUAAUUUAGUUUACAUUGUACAGUUUGUAAAUGUUUAAAUGUAUUAAAUAUCUGUACAGCAAAAAUAUACUGAUGUAGAAUAAAGAGAAGAAGAAGUAAAACUGAUGCACUUGAAUUCUUGUUGUCUGUAACCCAUCCCCUUAUAAAAUAUACCAAAAUAAUGUAAAAUCCGGUAAUUGCUAAGGUAUUAGAUGCGACACUGUACUUUGUUUUUCAUGUAAAUUCACACCUACCCCACCGCCAAGAUAUUUGCGUACAUAGAUAAAUCAGAAAUCAUAACAUAUCGUGUGAAAUGUAUACAUAAUCGAGAAAUAGAUCGAUUAUUAUACGUACACAAAUGAGUUUACUACACGAUAUUAUUACUAGUUAAAGUAUUUAGUAGAAUGUAGUAAAAUUAUUCAAUACAGCAGCAGGAUAUUAUUAAGUAUGAAAACGUUGACGUUAAAUAAAUCCUCAAAUUAUUUUAAA